AUGAGAUACACCAUGAAGUCCACCUUCUUCUCUCUUCUCCCCAUCGCGGGUCUCGCUGUUGCUGAGUCCGUCUGCUCCCAGCAGACUGUCACCACUACCGCAACUGAAACAGUGUACGAGACUGCAAAGCCCGUGGAUGUUGCCGACGCCACCGCUAGCAAGUCUGGCGCUUGCUCCUCCAGGAGCACUGUCUACACCACCACCUACGAGAAGGUCUACGUCACUGUCUCCCCCGAUGCUGGCUCUGCUACUCCCGAUGCUGUCGAGGAUAUCACAUCCACCAGCACCAAGGAGAUCCUCACCACCGUCACCGUUCGCCCAACCGGUGCUCCUUAUGGCAACGCCACUACCUCUGCUCUCUUCAAGCCUGCAGGAUCUUCCGACUCGCCCUCCUACCCUACCAUGAGCGUCCUCCCGACCACCAAGCUAGACUACAGCUCGCUCGCCUACACUCCCAUUCCCCAGAGUGAAGCAUCAAAGUCCUACGCUGCCGCCCAGUCAUCCAGCGCUGCCGCAGUGCCUGCCUCCGAGUCCAAGGCUCCAGCUCCUGCCGCAUCUCAAGCCGCGGCUCCCGCUGACAAGGCUGCCGUCUCAUCUGCCGCUUCCAAGCGCGGCGAAGCCACUUUCUACGGCGGAAACACUGAGGGCGGCAUGUGCUCUUUCGUUGGCUACACCAUCCCCGCCGGUCUCUACGGCACCGCGCUCUCCGACUCCAACUGGGACAACGGCAACGCCUGCGGUGUGUGCGUCAGCGUAACCGGCCCCAACGGUAACAAAAUCACCGCCAUGGUCACCGACCAAUGCCCAGGGUAA